AUGACAUCCUCGUCGCUCGAGACAAUCCCAGUCAUCGACUUCUCGCGAUAUUCUACCGAUCUGCCCUCCCUCGCUCGAGAAAUCAAGCAGGUUUGCUCAACAUGGGGGUUUCUUUAUCUCAGCAACCACGGCCUUCCCCAAUCAACAAUCGAUCGCAUGUUCGACAUUAGCUCCACGUUCUUCAAAACCACCCCUCGCGGAGAGAAAAGCUCGACGCCGUGGAACAGCAUUGUCAAUGCCGGUUACGAUGCGAAAACCGGUACUGAAGGAUAUUUCAACGAGAAUGGUGCUAAAGACCGGGUUUCAGCAGUGGACGAAAAGGAGGUAUUCGUGAUUCGCAAGCAGGCAUCUUAUGAGCAACCCAUGCCGCCCUCUUUGAAGAAAUUCAACCCAGAGAUUCAGGCGUUCAUGGGAGAAGUGCAUAAGAAGAUCGCUGUCCCGCUACUCUCAUGCCUUGGUGUUGGUUUGGGUUUAUCCGCCGACCGUCUCCCGCAGAUCCAUCAGCAUGAAAGUCCAUCGAUGACAACCCUUCGUCUCAUCCACUACCCUGCGCUUCCACCCACCGAAAGUGCAAAAAUUCGCCUGGGAUCCCAUACAGAUCAAGGUGUAAUCACAGUCCUCUUCCAAAACCUUGUCGGUGGCCUCCAGAUACGACCACCGAAAUACACAGGCCCUAUCCAGGACGAUGAGAAAUGGCUUGAUGCGCCUGUCAUUCCGGGUGCGGUGCUCAUCAACAUUGGUGAGACGAUGACGUUUUUCUCCGGCGGGCUUAUGAAAUCCACCCUCCACCGCGUAGCUCGAUCUCCGUUGCCCGAGGAUCAGGGUAAAGAGAGGUUCUCGAUGGCGUAUUUCUGCCAUCCGAAUAUAGAUACAUUGCUGGAGGUCCUUCAUGGGAUUGAGGGGGAAGAUGGGAGGCAAGUUCAGAGAAAAGAGCCGCCGAUAAGUUGUGUCACGGGCCAGAGGGUCAAAACAGUCAAGGAGUGGAUCGAACACAGGCAUUCAAUGGGACGCUUGGAGAAGGUGAAGUGA